GUAAAUAUAACCUCUUAACCUUUAUUAAUGACACCAUUCGCACGUUGUCAUUGAAUAAAACGCAAAUGGAAAAUAUUGAUUUAACGGAUGCGACUAUAGUUUGCACAACUCCACCCAUUGACGGUGUGUAAACAAGGGACAUCCUCUGGUCGGUACACACUUUGCACCCUGAUGCGGCACCUUAUCGGACUGUUAGCCAGCGUGGAGUUAAUGGCUCAUCCAUUAAACUCCGGGAAACGCACAGAGCAAACACUGCGUCAAAAGUGGAUGACAGGCCUGUCCCACUCGAGUUGACUGUUUAUAACUCCACUUGGCCAUGGGACUUCAAGGGUCCAAACAACCAGAAGCCCAUGUCCUGCUCCUGGGCCUGGACGACGCCGGGAAAUCGACUCUCCUGUACAAAUUGAAGCACAACGCGUGCGUCAGCACCGUUCCAACCAUUGGCUUCAACGUGGAAAUGCUCGAGGCGAGGAGGACCAGAAAGAACUUGACCCUGUGGGACGUCGGCGGCCAGAGGAAAAUGCGCCGGCACUGGCCCAGUUUCUACCAGGACGUGGCGGCCGUCGUGUUCGUUGUGGACAGCGCGGGCACGGAGCGUUUGGAGGAGGCGCGCAGAGAGCUGGAGAACACCCUGAGGAGCGAGCACCUGCGGGGGCGACCGCUGGUUGUCCUCGCCAACAAACAGGACGUGAACGGCGCUCGGUCCGUCACCGAGAUCAAGGAUAUGUUCGACCUGAAGAAGAUCUGCUCGGAUCGGGAUUGGUUCAUUCAGCCUUGUUCCGCAUCGACGGGAUUUGGGGUCGAAGAAGCCUUCAGACGAGUGGUACAAAUGGUCAAAUAAA